AUGACGACGGCCGAGUCCGCCGAUCAACACGUAUCUCGAGACGAUGAACGUAGCACUCAGCCUUCCACAAUACAACUGAGCACGAACCCCACAAGUCAUUCGAACAUCCCCCUCACUAUGAUACAAUACAUCACACGACCUCCGCAGCCGGCAUGGAACUCACCGAGCCUAGCAGGCCUCUCGAUCGAUGACAGGGCGAGUUAUUUCACCACACUACUUACCAGACCAGACAUACCGCCACAACAACGUGAGGCAUGGAACGACCCAAUUCUCGCCGACCUCCAUCCGAACGCCAGGGCCAUGUAUCUCGCUAUGACAUCUGCCUGUCCAGAUGCAGCGCCUCCUCAUCAUCGGCUCUGGAACCACCCGUUUCUUGCGCAACUCCCGUAUAGGCGCAGGGCCAUAGCCAUCGCUGCAGACAUGACAUCAUAUCUUAUGCAAAGAGAAUGGGAACAGAAUGCCCUACGAAAUGCGGCGGAGCAGAGAAGUGCUCUCUGGCCGGUUCGAUACGGUGACGUCUAUGAUAAGCUCAAUGAAUCCAUGAUUUCAUACCGAGUCGACGAACUGCUACGGCCUUACCUUGACGAGCGCCGCGACUUCGUCCGCAUAACUGAUCGCAUGCUUCUCCAAGCUCGACAAGCACGCGCAAUAGCGCUCUUGGAUACCACCGCCAUGGACGAAGAGAUCGUGCAUCGCACACAAAGCAGAUUGCGACUGCAGGGAUGUCGAUGCGACGGAUUGGAACGUGAAACUACAGACACAGAAGAUGGUGAAGCUCCUGUAAGGUGGACGAGAGGCAUUCAUGAACCUUUACAUACGUUCCAGACAAGGCGGAGAGAGUACGAGCCUUUGACUGACCCUGUGUCCUUGUCUGCUCCUGGGAUGACUUUUGGUUAG